UGAGUCGGCCAUCACUAUCCUCGCGUGCAUUGUUAGUGUUGUACAAGUAAUCGGCAGGAAAAUGAUGCAACCACAGAUCAUUCUCCUCAAGGAGGGAACGGACCAGUCACAAGGCAAACCACAGCUCAUUUCGAACAUCAAUGCCUGCCAGAUUAUCUCUGAAGCAGUGCGCACGACACUGGGACCUCGUGGAAUGGACAAAUUAAUUGUAGCUGAUAAUGGGAAAACCACAAUCUCAAAUGACGGAGCGACCAUUUUGAAAGAACUUGACAUUGUGCAUCCGGCUGCAAAGACAUUGGUUGAUAUUGCCAAAUCACAGGAUGCUGAGGUUGGUGAUGGCACAACAUCUGUCGUGUUGCUAGCUGCUGAGUUUCUGAAGCAAGCAAAGCCAUUCGUGGAGGACAACGUACAUCCACAGAUCAUUGUGAAGAGCUACCGCAAGGCAGCUAACAUGGCUGUUUUGAAAAUCAAAGAACUUGCUGUACCGGUGAAGAAAGAUAACCUCGAGGAGUUUCGCGCGCUGCUGGAGAAAUGCGCGGCGACGUCGCUUUGCUCUAAGCUCAUUGCGAGGCAGAAGGGCUACUUCUCGAAGAUGGUCGUCGACGCGGUGUUCAACAUGGACGAGCUGCUGCCUCUCAACAUGAUCGGCAUCAAGAAGGUGCAGGGUGGCGCCCUCGAGGAAACACGAUUAGUCGAUGGAGUCGCCUUUAAGAAGACCUUCUCGUACGCCGGAUUUGAGAUGCAGCCCAAGACGUACAAAGAUCCGAAGAUCGCUAUGCUCAACAUUGAACUGGAGCUAAAGUCUGAGCGCGAGAACGCAGAGAUCAGACUUGAGAAUGUGGAGGAAUACCAGGCCGUAGUCGAUGUCGAGUGGAACAUUCUCUACGAGAAGCUGCAGAAGCUACACGACUGUGGAGCGAAGGUUGUGCUGUCCAAGCUACCCAUAGGAGACGUCGCGACUCAGUUCUUCGCUGAUCGGGACAUGUUUUGCGCGGGCCGGGUUGUGGACGAGGACAUGAAGAGGACGCAGAAGGCCUGCGGCGGAUCAAUCAUCUCCACGGUGCAGAACAUCGACGAGUCCGUGCUUGGGACCUGCAGCAGCUUCGAGGAGAUACAGAUCGGGAAGGAACGGUAUAACAUCUUCAGCGGUGGCCAUAAGGCGAAGACGUGCACGAUCAUCCUGCGCGGGGGUGCCGAACAGUUCAUCGAGGAAACCGAGCGAUCCCUGCAUGACGCCAUCAUGAUCGUCCGGCGAGCGAUGAGGAACGAUUCCAUCGUCGCCGGCGGAGGCGCGAUAGAGAUGGAGCUGAGCCGCUACCUGCGAGACUACUCGCGCACGAUCCCGGGCAAGGAGCAGCUGCUGAUCGCCGCCAUGGCCAAGGCCCUCGAGGUGAUCCCGAGACAGCUGUGUGACAACGCCGGCUUCGACGCGACGAACAUUCUCAACAAGCUUAGACAGAAGCACGCGAGCGACUGCAACCUCUGGUACGGCGUCGACAUCAACAACGAGGACAUCGCCGACAACCUGGAGGCGACCGUCUGGGAGCCGGCGAUCAUCAAGGUGAACGCGCUGACGGCGGCCUGCGAGGCGGCCUGCCUCAUCCUGUCUGUCGACGAGACGAUAAAGAACCCGUCGUCGGACCCCGGCGCGCAGGGAGGCGGGAUGCCGCCGAGGGGACGCGGGCGUGGCAGGCCGUUCUGAUUGCGUCGUCGCGCGAGAGGGCGCUAGGCUCGCGGGGGGGCAGGCGUGACGCGUGGCACGUGACGUGGCGUGUGACGUGUGACACGGCUCGUGACACGGCGCGUGACACGGCGCGUGACACGGCGCGUGACACGGCUCGUGACACGGCGCGUGACACGGCGCGUGACACGGUUCGUGACACAGCACGUGACACGUCACAUAGCUCGUGACACGUGACACAGCGUACGACGCUGACUCGAUCUUGUUCGGCUCUGCCGUCCACUCACCGGACUUGACGGAAUCUUACCAUUAUAUAAUACCCUUCACCUACUUUUUGGACUUUUGCACCUACUUUGCGGGCGUUAACCAUUAACCGUGCAAUCGUUAACGUUGCCUUGCGUUUUCGUUUUACGAUGCAAAUAGUUUGGCAGCCGCUGAAUUUUUCCCGGCGACGAAACAGUUUCCGUGGUUAACGUAAUCUGGAUCUUCUGAGUUUCAAUGAGGGGACCAACUGUCAUCUGGUAACGUUGGGGGUCGUUCGUCGUGUGAGUGGAUCUUCUUGGUAGAAUCGAAGAGUUAGAGCUCGUAUCUGUGUAAGCGUGGAGCGAUGCGCCCUCUAUCCUGGCAUGUGUGUUAUUUUUUGUCCUGCAACGACCUGUGAUGUUUCGCUUUUUUAAGUGCCGCGUCGCAUUUCGUUUCAUCCUUUUUUACUCGCAUCUGCCCUGAAAGUCGCGGCAUACGUUUUCUUAUGUGAUUAUGUUGUCGUCCGUUUGCUCGGUGGUGACUGUACUACGCAGCUUGCUACCCUGCUAACAAUACGUGCGUAGUCGCAUUCACGUAGUCUUUGUCCAUGUACUGACAUCUCAUUUCUGUAGAUUUUCAAACCACUCUGGUGACUAAUGAAUAUCUCCACCUAGGAUCAGUAAGGUUACCAAACUUAAUGCAAUAUUUAACAUACUGCUGUAGAGUGUAUUGCCAAGCACGGCUUUUGCGUGUAACUGUUUAUUCUGGAUGAUCCGAGUGCAAUUUUCGUACACUUGUGUAGUUACAAAGCUUGAAUGCCGUGUCUUGUGGGCGCGUUGGCGUUUAAAAUAUGACGCUUAUUUAAAACCAUCAAUAAAUAGGGACGUAUAGAUGGCGCUCGUGCUUGUGUGCGGUCACUGGUGUGAGUAUGAAUGAAUGUAUCCGGCGUGGAAGCAGAUUUCGGCAGUGUGUUAUGACACUCCUGCUUUCGAUAUUAUUUAAAUAAAUCCACCAAGAUUGAG